GGUUGUAGCCGUGCUGAGGCCGGCGCUGGGGAGGGUCUGGCUGCAGCAGGGCUGCUCCUUUGCUUUGAUGGGUUCCGGCUGCCUUGGCACUCAGCACCAGAGCAGGGAUGCUCCUAGCCCACAGCCCCCGCCAAACUCUUCCCUCACCUCCCCAGCUUCAUACUCAGCACACGGGGUUUGAGCACUGGCCCUUCUCCCCCUGCCUGCAGUGAUCCCUCAGCCAGGCAGACUGCUGCCGUGGUUUCCUACCCACCCCCACAUGGCCGCAUGCCAUGGAGCUAGGGGGGCUGUGGGGCUGUCCAGUGGCAGCACCCCCGUGCCAUGGAGCAGGACCGUGUGCCAUGCCUGCCCCAGCCAUAGGCUGGGAGUGCACACCGGCCUCUGGCUAAUGGGUUCCCAUCAAGCUUGAAAACUGCUUCCUACCAAAGAGCGCGUGCCACCGCUGUCCCAGCACUGUAAAUGCUUCUCCCAACCCCCACUCUCCAGUUGGGCUGCGUCUGAUGUAGCCACGGUGCUUUUAGUGCCUUGAAUAAACACUUUUUUGCGAGUGCCCGCUGUCUGAGGACUGUGGUUUUGCCGAGCUCGGUGUGGUGGGGGCCAGGAAGGUCACACGUGGCCCUCGCUCCUGCCUGGAGCCCUGCCCUGCGGCCUGACUCAGCUCCACUGAGCUGCUAGGGAAAGCUUUGUUUCCUGGGGUUUCUCCUCCUUUGCCCCCUGGCAGAACCCCCGCCCCUGGGCUGCCCUUGCCUGGUUUUAGCAAGCAGAGAGCAGCGAGGCAGUAAUUAAUCCAGGGAGCAGAGCAACAGCAGCGCUGAGCAGGAGAUGGUGCUGAGCCGUGACCCCGCAAGGGCAUCCCCGCUCACCCAGCGCUGUGCCUGCGUUCCUGCUGUGCCCCAGUGCCCACGAAGGGGCAGUCACCGGCACGAGCAGCUCGACCACAGCGGUUCUGGCCGUGCUCCGGCGUGGUGCAGCCAACCGUCUGCCUGUUCAGCCCGGCUGCUGUGUCCCGAAGGACGGGUGCGAGGCACCGCCGCCCUCAACGGGCUCUGGAGCAAUGGAUGUGGGGACGGCCGCUCCCAGCGCUCCGAUCUGACAGCUGUAGCGGUCAGUAAGAAUUGCAGCCCUCAACGCGGUGAGCAACGGGCCCUCUACACGUACGAGGAUGGCUCCGAUGACCUGAAGCUGGCAGCAUCAGGAGGAGGGGGUCUGCUGGAGCUCUCUGGGCACUUUGAGAUCCAGAAGGUGAUGUACGGCUUCUGCAGCGUCAAGGAGCCCCAGGCCGUGCUCCCCAAAUAUGUCCUUGUCAAUUGGGUGGGUGAGGAUGUGCCUGACGCCCGCAAGUGUGCCUGUGCCAGCCACGUGGCCAAGAUCGCAGAGUUCUUCCAGGGUGUGGAUGUUAUCGUCAAUGCCAGCAGCGUGGAGGACAUUGACCCGGGGGCCAUCGGGCAGCGGCUCUCCAACGGGCUGGCGCGCGUCUCCAGCCCCGUGCUGCACCGCCUGCGGCUGCGCGAGGACGAGAAUGCCGAGCCCGUGGGCACGACCUACCAGAAAACCGACGCCACCGUGGAGAUGAAGCGGCUCAACCGGGAGCAGUUCUGGGAACAAGCCAAGAAAGAGGAGGAGUUGCGCAAGGAGGAGGAGAGGAAAAAGGCGUUGGAUGCGCGGCUGCGGUUCGAGCAGGAGCGCAUGGAGCAGGAGCGGCUGGAGCAGGAGGAGCGCGAGAGGCGCUACCGGGAGCGCGAGGAGCAGAUCGAGGAGCACAGGAGGAAGCAGCAGAGCAUGGAGGCGGAGGAGGCCCGGCAGCGCCUGAAGGAGCAGUCCAUCUUUGGGGAGCAGCAAGAGGAGGACGACAGGCAGCAGCUCCGGAAAUCAGAGUCAGAGGUGGAGGAGGCCGCUGCCAUCAUUGCCCAGCGACCCGACAACCCCCGGGAGUUCUUCAAGCAGCAGGAGCGGGUGGCAUCGGGCAGCGGCGACGCCAUCUCGCCGGGCAGCCAUAGGACAGGUCGUCUGCACUGUCCUUUCAUAAAGACAGCUGACAGUGGGCCGCCUUCUUCUUCUUCCUCCUCCUCCUCCCCCCCGCGGACCCCUUUCCCCUAUAUCACCUGCCACCGCACCCCAAAUCUCUCCUCUUUCUUCCCAUGCAGCCAGUCCGACUACCGAAAGGUUUCGGCAGCGGGCUGCAGCCCCUGCGAGUCCAGCCCGGCCUCCACGCCGCUGGGCGAGCAGCGCACCCGCGCCCCGGCCGAAGAGACGCCGGCAACGCCCAAAGACUCCCCCAGCCCCAGCACCCAGGUGGCAGAGCCGGCAGUGACUGAGCAGCACUGGCCGUUCCCUGGGCCUGAAGACAAAGCUGCAGAGCCGCCGGGGGAUGAGCCCGACCCCAACCCCAGGCCGGCGUGGACAGCGGGGGCUGACGUGCUGGGGGACCUGGUGACCCUGGAGCCCUCCGAGCCAUCCCCAGCGCCCGCUGCGUCCGAACCCCAGCCCGUGGAGACACCCGGUGUGGCCGAGCCCCUCAUCGAGCUGUGGCAGAGUGAUGGCGCAGCCCCCGCUGCCACCAGCACCUGGCCCCUGCCCGACACCCCCGCGGGACCGCCGGUCCCCCCCGAGGAGGGCACGCUGCUGGGCCUGGACGAGCUGCCCGAGCCCCCCGCCACCUUCUGUGACGCGGAGCAGCACGAGGAGGUGGAAGAAGAAGAGGAGGAGGAGGAGGCCACGGCGGGUGAGCCCCAUCCCACAGGGCUGGGCUACCAGGAGGGCUACCAAGAAGGCCCCGAGGUGCCCCCCAUCACCAAUGGGGAGAUGGGCCCCAAGGACGGCACGGCAGGCCGUGGCGAGCAGGCCAGCGAGGGCUACUUCAGCCAGUCCCAGGAGGAGGAGGCCCCGCCGCCUGAGGAGCCGUCGGCCAAAGCCCCGCAGCCCGUCUUCUACAACAAGCCGCCAGAGAUCGACAUCACGUGCUGGGACACGGACCCGCUGCCCGAGGAGGAGGAGAGCUUCGGGGGCGGCCUGUAGGCCCAGCGCAGCCUGGAGGCCCCGCCGGCGCGGGGUGUGAGCGGCCGUGGCCGGGGCCCCCUCCCCGCUGGGGCCCCGCAGGAUGGGAGCCGGGGGGGCCGCCCCGCAGCACCCCGGGGUGCCUUUUACAGCCCCCCCCAUCUCUUUCUCUUUUAUAAGUUGUCGGUAGGAGACGUGUCAGCCCUCUCCCCCCUGCCCCCCCCUGCCCUGUGAACCCCUCGUAGGCCCCUCCCCACCCCAGCUCCCUGUCCUGGGGGGGGAUACGUGAGACCCCCGUGGUGCCCGGCUGUGGGAUGGGGGCCCCGUUCUCUUUUUGCCCCCCCUUCCCCAGUACUUUGCACGAGUUUAAAAAAAAAAAAAAAGGAAUAAUAAUAAUAAUAAUAAUAAAUGAAUAUGGCAAUAAAGUGACCCUACCGAGGUGAGGCUGCAGCCGGCGGUGCCCCCACCCCAAAGCACUGCAGGGUUGUGGGGACCCCCUCCUCGCCAGGAGCCCCCCCGGCGCAGGGCUUACCCCGUCCCCAUUUCCCCCUCCCUGCUUCUCCCCUCGCUUGGCCCCCCCCUCCCAUACGGUAUAACUGUUUUUUGGAAAGCACAAGUUCUGUAACGGCGGCGUGCUGAUGUAUGUUAAUAAAUAAAGCGACUCCC